GUCACCAUCGUCGACACCGCCGCCGGAGUCUCGGAACUCCUGGACACUAUCCUCGACCACUCCGCCGAACCACUCUACGUGGACCUCGAAGGCCAGAACCUCGGCCGAUACGGUACCAUCACCAUUGUGACCAUCCAUCUAGAAGGCCUAAACAGAACCUUUGUAGUUGACGUCUAUACUCUAGGUAAGGAAGCCUUCUCCACCUCCGCCACGACUGCGCCCGCCACCACUCUCAAGACGAUCUUCGAGUCGGAGGCGCACACCAAGGUCUUCUUCGACCUGCGGAACGACUCCGAUGCCCUAUACAUGCUGCACAACGUGCUCCUCCGGGGUGUCGAAGACGUGCAGCUCUUGAAGCUUGCCGCCCGCGGCUGUCGCGGCUGCGGCUACCUCCCCGGGCUGAAGGCCUGUGUGGAGGAUAGCUGCGAAUUGGGCCUUUCGCUGCAGCAAAAGGCGCAAUGGGUCACGCGCAAGGAGGCGGAGAGGAAGACGUUCAACGCCGAGGGUGGCGAUAAGGGCUUCACGAUGCGGCCGCUGACGCCUGAGGCGGUCGCGUACUGCGCCGGGGAUGUAGUGCUUUUGCCGCAGCUGCGGCGGGAGUAUCUGGCCCGGUUGGAUGGGUUCUGGUUAUGGAUGGUGGCCAGGGAGACGGCUGCCAGGCUGGAGGAAUCGCAGCGGGACUGGUACAAUCCCGAU